UAAAAGAACGGUGACGGAGCACCAGCUCAUGCAUGACAAAGGGAGAGAGUUUCAAGGGCUGAAGCGCCUGAUGUGGCUCCACAAUGCCCUGGGCAGCGUGCACACAGCCAGCAGCAGGGAUAUUUCCCUUUCAAAUGCCAUGUGGGAUUCACAGAAGAGCCAAGAUCCCUCAGAUCUCUACAACAGCAUCAACAGGGACAAGACUUCAAGCCUGAUGAAGCAGCUGCUGGGACUGAUGGAAAAGGAGCAGGGCUUCCCCCCGUUAAAGCAGCUGGAUCUGCUGCAGUAUAUGAAGACCCCAAAGGGUAAUUGGAACCUGCAAGAGCUUUCUGACCUCCUUGCAGUCAAAGAGCUGGGCAGCAGGAGAGAUCCUGGCAGCCAGGCACAGAACUAUUCCCACUAG